AUUCUUGUUAGGCAUUACUCCACCACCUAUUUUACUAUUUGCACAUAUUCUGUAAUCGUUCCAUCGUGACACAUGUAUGUAUUUAAAACCCGUUCUCAAACUGACAAAUAAUUAAAGCGAAUUUUUACUUCUUCAAAAACAUGAUAGCAAUCGCUAGAUGUCCCCAUAUGACCGUCCAAUCUGCCAAGUCCUCCAGUAUCCCAGCAGGCCACAAUAACCGGAAAGUACAUUGAGGGUAAAGCGCGGAUUCGGAAAAAACAGUUUUGAGAAGGAAGCUAACAUUUUAGUGCUGUUUAACUAUAUGCAUAACGGAUUAAUUACCUUUCAGAUCGCUGUAAAUGUGUAUACGUUACUAAGCGUGUGAGUUUAAAUCGCCGAAUAGUAUGUUUUUAUUUUCUUUCACGUUACCAUGACUUCGUAGCCACAGUCACACUGGCCUGCACGCGGGCGUUCGUGCCUUUCAAAGCUAGCUAACAGCUAUCGAACAGUCAGUUAGAUAAAGUUUGACUAACUAGAAACUUGGUUGUUGCUUAAAAAUGUCAGGCUUUAAUUUCGGAUCCGGAUCUAUUGGUUCCACCAACGCUGGCGGAGGGUUUUCGUUUGGAGCCGCUGCCAGUACCCCAGCUGCAGCAGGUACAGGUGGGUUUACUCUGGGUGGAGCUCUGGGUGCUACAGCCCCAGCCUCCACCACCACCACCUCUUCUCUGGGCCUGGGCGGGUCACUAUUCUCACAAAAACCUACUGGGGGGUUCUCCUUUAACACUCCUGCCUCAGGUGCCCCAGCAGCCUCUACAGCCCCUACCACGGGCUUCAGUAUGACCUUCAAUAAACCCUCUGCCUCGGCCCAACCCUUCUCCCUCACUGCAGCCUCCUCAGCUCCCACAGGGGCAGGACUGACACUAGGCUCAGUCCUCACCUCCACUGCGCCACAGCAAGGAGCCACAGGAUUCUCUCUCAACCUAGGGGGUGUGGCCGCAAGUACAGCCCCAUCCACAGGUCUAUCGCUGGGUUCCAGUAUGUUCUCUAACAUGGCUACUACUGGUCUGAGUCAGUCCACUCUUGGAGGACUGGGGUUUGCGUUAGGUUUGGGCCAGACCACUCUCGGAUCAGGGGGGUUGACGUUAGGUUCCCUGGCCUCUACUUCCACGGCGGUGUCAGCGGCCCCCAGCCUUGGACUGGGAGGAGUUGACUUCAGCACCUCCUCAGAGAAGAAAAGCGACAAAUCAUCAGGGGCCAGCCCACAAGACAGUAAAGCUUUGAAAGAUGAAAAUUUGCCUCCAGUCAUCUGUCAGGAUGUAGACAACUUCCAGAAGUUUGUGAAGGAGCAGAAGCAGGUUCACGAGGAGAUCAGCAGGAUGUCAUCUAAAGCCAUGCUGAAGGUUCAGGACGACAUCAAGAGUCUCAAACAGCUGCUGUCUGUCAGCGCUUCGGGACUACAGAGAAACGCCCUGGCUAUAGACAAACUGAAGAUGGAGACUGCGCAGGAGUUGAAGAAUGCAGACAUAGCUCUGCGGACUCAGAAGACUCCCCCUGGACUCCAGCACGACAACACAGCUCCCUAUGAUUAUUUCCGGUGUUUAGUGGAACAGUUUGAGGUUCAGUUGCAGCAGUACAGACAGCAGAUAGAGGAACUGGAGAAUCACCUUACUACACAGGGCAGUGGAUCACACAUCACACCACAGGAUCUGUCACUGGCCAUGCAGAAGUUGUACCAGACGUUUGUGGCUCUGGCUGCUCAGCUCCAGUCAGUACACGAGAACGUCAAGACCCUGAAGCAGCAGUACCUGGGAUACCGCCGGGCCUUCCUGGAGGACUCCACGGACGUCUUCGAGUCCAAGCGGGUGGCCAGUAAGAAGUGGCAGAGUGCCCCACGCAUCACCACUGGCCCCGCCCCCUUCAGCAGCAUCCCCAAUGCGGCGGCGGUCGCCAUGGCAGCCACCCUGAGCCAGCAGCAGCAGCCCGGCCCAGGGAGCCAGGUGUCCCUGGGGUCUGGCUUGGGAAACCCCUUUGCCUUGGGAGUGGGCUCUAGCUUGGGCACCUCAGGUCUCGGAGUGUUUGGUGGGGGUCCAGGUUUCGGGGGGGUAGCGACGGGGGGCUCCUCAUUUGGUUUCUCCUCAGCCAGCAAGCCCUCGGGAGGGAGCCUGAGUGCAGGUUUUGGAAGCAACAGUAGUUCAGGGUUUAACUUCAGUAGCCCCGGCCUCAACGCGUCUGCAGGCCUGACGUUUGGCGUGUCCAACCCUCCCGCCACGGGCUUCGGCACUGGAGGUCCACUGCUGCAGCUCAAGAAGCCCCCGGUGGGAAACAAGAGGGGCAAGAGAUAGAGGGGCAAAGGGAACGGUUAGGAUUUGGGGAGGGUAAGCUGAUCCUAGAUCUGUGACUUCCAGAACUGUCCAAGGUUGUUUAAUGGGUCACAGUCCAUGUAGGUGGAUUUGGGAGGGUACGUUUAUUCUAGACCUGUGCCUAAGGGCGACUUCUAGAGCUGUCCAGGGGAGGUCGGGGUGUAACAGUCUGUCCCAGAUCUUUAUUUUUAUACCUGACGGGGGAGCAGAGGGUUUGAGGGAGGGGGGUUAUGCAGGACCAGGGUGGAGGGAAUGAGGAGAGGGAGUCCUCAAGCAGAAAAAAAGAUCAGCACAUUUGGAUAAGGUUCAUAACCUGUGUUUUGUUCUUUUUAAAUGUCCUCAUUAUUGUUUCAUCAUGAUUGCUUAGUUUUUGUAGAGUUUUUAUUUUAUACUCUUUGUAAGUGUUUGUUGUGUGUGUAAGGAUGCAUGCAAGGGAGAGAACUGGCUGUGCUGAAUGUCCCACACAGCCUCAAAUUAGAACCUGAAAGGGCACCAGAACACACCAAACAUGCACAAACACAUACGUACAUUUCCUGUCAAGUGUGAAUUUAUGCAGUGUGUGUGUGUGUGUGUGUCAAUAGACCGUGGUGUUGUUUUAGAGCUGGUGGAUGAUGAGGGUAUUACGGUCUGUGCUUUUCCGUUGUCUAUUCUGAUUCUCUCUGUUACCAAAUAGUGAUGUCAUCCUGUUCUAUUCAUUUGAGUUGAUGAGUGUAAAUCUGUAUUUUCAAACAUCAGUUUAAUAAUAAAAUUCCUGAUGUUGA